UAUUUUAGUUACAUUCUUUCCUCUUUUUAGCUUCGGCGGAGAUUGCUGUGCAUUUAGCUUUCCAAAGUACGGCCUUCCCUUCCUUCUCAUUCGGACUUCGUCUGCUCGGCGUAGCGUGAAGCAUUAUUUGUGAGAGGAACUCUUCAAUCGAGAAAGAGUAUCGAUAGGGACAACGAACAAGUGAAGGAGCUUUGGAGUUCGACCUAGGGUUUCCCAAUCCCAGAGCUCUGCUUCUCCCUUAAUUUCUAUUGAUAAGGAGUAGAAUCAUACACUCUUUAUUUAUUACUGUUAACUAGGAAGAGAUGGGUAAUGUAUUUGUGAAGAAGCCAAAGAUCACAGAGGUGGAUCGUGCAAUUCUUUCUCUCAAGACCCAACGGCGGAAGCUUGCACAGUAUCAACAAAAGCUUGAAGAAGUUAUUGAAGCAGAAAGGCAAGCUGCUAAAGAUUUGAUUCUUCAAAAGAGAAAGGAUAGGGCAUUGCUAGCAUUGAAGAAGAAGAAAACGCAAGAAGAAUUAUUGAAGCAAGUUGAUACUUGGCUUAUUAAUGUUGAGCAACAAUUGGCAGAUAUUGAACUGGCCAGCAAGCAGAAAGCUGUGUUUGAGAGUUUAAAGACAGGCAAUGAUGCAGUCAAGGCAAUACAAAGUGAGAUCAACUUAGAUGAUGUCCAGAAGCUAAUGGAUGAUAGUGCUGAAGCUAAAGCUUAUCAAGAUGAAAUAAAUGCCAUCCUGGGGGAGAAAUUAUCAGCAGAAGAUGAAGAAGAGAUCUUAGCUGAAUUCGAGAACUUGGAAACUCAGAUCACCAUUGAAGACAUGCCAACAGUGCCAUCUAAGGAACAUGAAGAAAAGCUGGAUCUUCCUGAUGUACCAACCAAACCACCAGUUGUUCUUGAUGCAGUUAAAGAUGACACUGACAUUGCUUCAGCUGAAGCUUCCACAAAGAAUAAAGUUAUGGAGGAACCAUUACCUGCGUGAUUGUGGAAUACACUUAAAUCAAUGCUGAAAUCACAUUAAGCUGCUGGUCGUCCUUGACUCACUAUCUUCCUCCAGGUGGCGUUAUCUAUACAUAUUCUUUACAAAUUCUUCAAUUUAAUGGAAUUAUGGAAUUGUGUGCAUGUUAAUUUAGAUUUUGAAUCACAAUUUUACUUGUUAGUUCUGUUUAUAUCAGUAAAUUAGAUUUCCAAAGCAAUGGAACUUUUUCUCAUUGA